AUGUCUUGAACUCCCAUGCAUUUUUGCUGCUUUUCUACUCCAUCUUUAACAACUAUAAAGUAUCUUGAAUGUGGUUUGCGUAAUAAAGGACUCAAAUGUUUUUAUUCCAGGAAAAAUGUGGAAGAUUUUACGGGACCCAGAGAAAGAAGUGACUUGGGAUUGAUCACAUUUGACUUAUCUGCGGAUUUGAAGCCAAUAUUUGACUGGAAUGUCAAACAACUCUUCUUGUAUUUAUCAGCUGAGUACAAAACCAAGAAUAAUGCACUGAACCAAGUUGUUCUCUGGGACAAGAUUGUUCUUCGUGGCGAUAAGACAAAAUUGGAUCUGAAAGAUGUGAAGUCAAAAUAUUUCUUCUUCGAUGAUGGAAAUGGCCUCAAGGGUAAUGAAAACAUCACUUUAACUCUGUCCUGGAAUGUGGUUCCAAAUGCUGGGAUUCUGCCUCUUGUAACGGGUACAGGCCACAUUUCUGCCGCUUUUCCAGAUUCCUAUGAGAUGACAAAGAACUAUUGAACUUUUGACUAAUUUCCUUUUGUUAUAUUACCUUUUAUUGUUGUAAUUUGAAACUCAUAACUUGGAACAUAUUUUUAUAUCCAAAUAUCAUGUCUGUGUGGCUGGGGUGAAAAUAAAUCUGUGAAUUCACCCAAGUGAAAAGAAAAUGGGUGACAGUUUUGUAUUUUUUGUAACAGGCGCGCAAGAAAUCCUUUUGCAUUGUAAUGCUUGUGUCCAGAUUCAAUUCCCAUUAUAUAACUGAGAUGGAUUGCACUUGUUGGGGGAGGUGUUGGACAGAUUUAUUUCUGUGCAAUUCUUAGUUCCUACAAUCUCCCAACCUCCCAAGUCCGGGAAACACUUUCUCCCUCUAGUGUUCAAUUGUUCAUAACACACAUUGGCAAUACUGUAUACUGUUUGCAACAUGAGUUCCAAACAAUUUCUUUUCCAAAGCCAAAACUCAUGUUAUGACUUUGCCAGCCAUUAAGUAUAUUGAGAAGGGAGAGAACUCAGUCUCAACUGUGCUUUCUCUGCUUCCCCAGCCCUGACCAAAACAAAAGGCCACCUUGACUCAUCCUUGAAGAAAAUGACUGCUUUCUUAAUAAUUAUGGUACUUCGUAAUUCCUCCUCUAACUUCUCAAAUUCUAGUCUAAAGCUGUAAGAGGUCUCUGUUUAUUCAAGCAGGGUAAAGAUUUUCUUUUUACAAUAAAACAAAAUUGAAUCCUA